ACCUAGACACUCAGGUGCACUUUCGACAAACUUGCUCCCCAAAAGACGACCGAGCAAAGUUUCUCGUCUUGAAAAGUAUUGAUAAGACAUGUUCAAUGAAAGAAGAAGAGUGAAGCGAUUGUUUACGAGUUGCUACGUGGACGAACCUUGAAUUGCCUUGAAGCUCGUAAGCCAUGUCUGCAGGCAACGUGGGCAGCGCAAGAGAAAGCUCGAAGGCUGGCAACUACAAACGAGGACUGAGCCAGACUGGCAGCAGGGGGUCUUCGUCCUUCGAAGAGCGCUGCGUUGACCCCAUCGAGCCCGAGUUGCAAGCCCCUCAGAAAACCUCAAACGGGGGGGAAUGUGAUUCCUUCCUCCCUUCCUCAUCCGAGCCCCCUAAUGCUACUCAAAACUGCAAUCCAUGCGCUUCUCCGAAGGCUUGCAAGACAUUAAUGUGCAGCGUCCUGACGUGCGGCCUGUACAGAGUGUGCCUGCGAGCGCCAUGUCUUGGUCCCAAAGAGCCAAAUAAAGAAUGCGAGGAGCCGGAGGAGCUGAGUCUUCGUGCCGAGAAUCCGGCCGACCACAAAGAGGAAGAAGAAGAUGAUACGGACUGGCUAGGGGACGUCUGCUUCGCGGGAGUCAAAGUGGACAGCCCGAGAGAUUAUAUCGACGCUGACUCUGUGACGUACGUGCGUCAAACGCAGCCGUGCCAUGUUUCCUUGCAGGAGGUCAUACAAUGGGACGACUGGGGGGAUGAGGACGAGGAGAACGUGGACUCUCUGAUCACCAAAAAGCUGCUAGAGCUCUACACCGAGUACCAGAUCGAGGAGCUGGCACGCUGCACCACGGAUUCUGUGUUCUUGCGAAAGACCAAUAAAAUCAACCAGCUCAUUAACUCGCUGGCCGAGGAGCAUCAGAUGGGCGAGCAGGAGGCCGAGAGCAGGCUGGUGCGAGGCAUCAUCCGCAUCAGCACGCGCCGUAGCAAGAAGAAGAAACGUCCGGUCGCCUCACGCCCCGAGAGAACGCUAACGGAUAGCGGCAACGAGACCAUGAGGGAGAGCGACUCUUUUGUAUGCAGCAAUAACAAUGACUACAAAUCCAAUCCCAACAUCCAAAUAUCAGAAUUAACGUCUUCUGACAAGUGUGCCCGUGACAUGUGGAGGAACAACAGAGGUCGCACAUCCGACUCAACGUCAACGAGUUAUUCGCCCUCCAACACGGAGACGGACUCGUCAGGUUUCCCGCUCAUUCGCACGUCCGUCAGAACAUGAAUCCGUACACAGGAGGGUGUCCUCAACUUACGCAGGUCCUGCGGUGUUGAAGUAACCUGAAUAUGUGUGGAAGCCAAGAAGCACCACAGUCAGAGAAAGUGCAUUUUCUAGUUACGGUAAAUAUUUGUAUGACCAAUAACUCUAAGUUGCAAAUAUGAAACAGAUGAAUAGCGAUUACUCUUUGAAAGGAAUUGCGUGAGAAGGACACAAGUGAACUCAGGGCUCUCUGUUUCAAUAUUUGCUAUAUUUUCCUGUGUACCUGAAUUGCUAUUGCAGUGGAACGCUGCGUAACCAGAAAUUCUCAAUGAUUUUCAAUCUAAUUUAUGUGUUUUCUCAUCUCACGGCUGUUGCAUUCAUAUAGGAUACUUAUUGCAAUGAAGGGAGUUGCCUUGUUCGUGAUAAUCAUCCUAACGAGUGGAAAUGAAGCAAACAUCCAAAGGCGUUUUGAAUGUGUUUUUUAUCCCUGUGGAUUAACAACUCUCUUCUGAAUAUACGUACACAUGCAAUGUAUAAGAAAUUGUAACUGUUUGCCUCACAAAAAGUUCCACCUGCCUCUUUUUGCGUCCUCUAAUCAGGUGCUUAUUGUGGAAUUGUGCCCCUAAGCUAUUGCCUGUAAUUUUAUUCUUUUAAUGAGUGAGGUAAAUAUGCAGAUCACACUCUUAUUGCAAUUGUUUUUUUUUUUUUUUCUUAAUCAUAAUUAAUUGUUCUCUGAAAUAAAUCCAGUGAGGUAAA